AUGUCAAAGAUAGCCGGUGCCAGUGCCGCGUUAAAGGCCGAACGCGAAGAAGAAGAGCAGAAGCUGGCUGCACGAUCUGCUGUCAACUGGAAGGCAAAUUUGGAUAAGCAAAGGAAGCAGCUGGAUUACAGCGAUAUUUUCGAUGAAGACGUGGGUAGAGAUGAAGGUUUGUGGGUAUGGGAGAUUGAGAAUUUCUACCCCUCUCUCAUUGACGAAGCGUUUUACGGACAAUUUUACGACGCCGACGCCUACCUGGUAUUAAAAACUACAAAGGAAAUUUCGGGAAGCAUACGACACGAGAUCUACUACUGGUUAGGCGAAAAGGCUACACUUGAUAAAGGAAUGUGUGCCGCUGUGCACGCUGUUGGCCUGCGCAACCAUCUCAAUGCUACGUGUCGGACCAUUCGGGAAGAAAUGAACGACGAGUCUGAGGAAUUUUUGGAUCUUUUCGGUGGAGAAGAAAUUGUGUACAUUGAGGGUGCUCGUACUAGUACUGGCUUUUUUACUGUAGAAAAACCUCCUCAUAUUACAAGCGAAAUAAUGGCUGGGCAAAAAAUGGUCACGGAAUUGCAUGAGAUGAUUGAACGGCCCGAUUACGUGCAAGUGUCAAGGGAAACUGAGGAUGAGGAGUCCAUGAUGUUCCGAUCGAAAUUUGCUGGCUGGGAUGAUAUCGUACCCGUUGACUUCACUCGUACCUCAGAAUCCGUAAGCCGCGUUCCAGAUCUCAAGGUUCUUGUCAAGCGCGACAAUAUGAUGCGUACCGACCUAACAGCUUUGUUUCUUGACCGCCAACCAGCAAUGUCACCUGAAGAAAGUGAAGAAUUGCUCAACGAUUGCAACGAGGAUCUUGAGUUCAUUGAGUCAUUCGUAUUGGAGGGAAAGAAGUUUGUUCGACUGCCAGAUGGAGAAUUCGGAUCAUUUUACACGAUGGAUUGUUAUGUGUUCCUUUGCCGCUAUGCUGUGAUACCAGACGAGUCCGAAGACGAAAGCGAUGCGGGAGACGUUGAGAGCCAACAGGAUUUCAAGUGUGUGUUGUACUUCUGGCAAGGCCGUGAUGCCUCAAAUAUGGGUUGGCUGCACUUUACCUUCCAACUCCAGCCUACUUUCGAGAAGAUUUUCAAGGAUAAGUUGGAGGUAGUGAGGAUGCAUCAACAACAGGAAAACCACAAGUUCCUAUCUCAUUUCCACCGAAAGUUUGUUAUUCGUCGAGGACGCCGUGGCUUGACCCGAAAUCUCGGCGGAAAAUGGCCUGAGCUAUUCCAGAUGAGAGCAAACGGCUCAAGUGUUUGCACGAGAACGAUUCAGAUAGAUUGUCGGGCGACUGAAUUGUGCUCCGGUUUUUGCCAUAUUUUGCGUGCGCCAUUCAAAGUUGCACGGGAGGAUGGUGAAAAAGGCAUCGUGUAUGUGUGGAUCGGUUCACAGAGUGAUCCACAUGAACACGAGUACGCCCGACGAGUAGCUGAAGAGAUGAUCAAUCGUCACGAUGAGAGUCUUCCUGUGCAAGUGAUCAAAGAGGGUGAAGAACCUGAUGAUUUCUGGGAGUAUAUGGGAGGAAAGAAAAAUUAUGAAAAAGACGCGACAUUCUUCCGUUACACACGCUUGUUCCGCUGUACUAACGAGAAAGGUUACUUUGCAGUAUCUGAGAAGACCGUCGACUUCUGCCAGGACGAUUUGGACGAUGACGAUAUCAUGAUCCUCGAUAAUGGUGAACUUGUAUUCCUGUGGUUAGGUGCUCGCGCCAGUGAAGUUGAAGUGAAACUCGCAUAUAAGGCCGCCACGGUGUACGUAGCUCAUCUGAGAAUGCGCCAGACAGAUCGACCAAGGACGUUAAAAUUGGCAAUAAAGGGAAAGGAAUCGAAGCGUUUCAAGAAGUGCUUCCACGCCUGGGGACGGCAUAAGGUCCCCGCUGGAGAUUCGGUGUGA